UAUUCUUUAAUACUUUUCUCCAGUCACUGCAUUGUAUCAGUAUCACUGCGGGAGUUGUCGUUCUCUCUUUUUUCUCUGCAAUCAAGGUUAUCUCCAGCUCCUCUCUGUUUCUUCCCUUCAUUCUCUCUAAGUGGAGGAAAGCCAAAAGGUUGCUUUUGCUGAUUCAUAGCUUCUUCUAUUACUAUGCACCUAGAACUUAGGAUUGCGUUUUGGGCACACAAACCAUAUUAGUGAGAGGAUAGUUUAAGCAUAUAGUUGCGGAGAUGGAGAUAACCAAUGUUUCUGAGUAUGAGGCAAUUGCAAAGCAGAAAUUGCCAAAGAUGGUCUAUGACUACUAUGCAUCUGGUGCAGAGGAUCAGUGGACUCUCAAGGAGAACCAACAUGCAUUUUCCAGGAUUUUGUUCCGGCCUCGUGUUCUUAUAGAUGUAAGUAAGAUAGACUUGAGAACAACUGUGUUGGGUUUCAAUAUUUCAAUGCCCAUCAUGAUUGCUCCUACCGCCAUGCAGAAGAUGGCUCAUCCUGAAGGAGAGUAUGCAACGGCAAGAGCAGCAGCCGCGGCUGACACAAUUAUGACACUGUCUUCUUGGGCUACUUCCAGUGUCAAAGAGGUUGCAUCAACAGGACCUGGCAUUCGCUUUUUCCAACUCUAUGUGUACAAAGACAGGAAUGUGGUCACACAGCUUGUCAGAAGAGCUGAGAGGGCUGGUUUCAAGGCCAUAGUUCUUACUGUGGACACUCCAAGGCUUGGGCGCAGGGAGGCUGAUAUCAAGAACAGAUUUGUUUUGCCGCCAAAUUUGACAUUGAAAAACUUUGAGGAUUUGGAUCUCGGAAAGAUGGAUAAGACCAAUGAUUCUGGACUUGCAUCAUAUGUUGCUGGACAAGUCGACCAGUCUCUCAGCUGGAAGGAUGUGAAAUGGCUUCAGACAAUCACCAAAUUACCAAUUCUUGUAAAGGGUGUAAUUACUGCUGAGGAUGCACGACUAGCGGUACAAUAUGGAGCUGCAGGAAUUGUCGUCUCCAAUCAUGGAGCUCGCCAGCUUGAUUAUGUCCCUGCAACUAUUAUGGCUUUGGAAGAGGUCGUCAAAGCUGCACAAGGCCGAAUUCCUGUGUUUUUGGAUGGUGGAGUGAGGAGAGGAACUGAUGUUUUCAAGGCUCUGGCUCUUGGAGCAUCUGGUGUAUUUAUUGGUAGACCAGUGGUGUUCUCGUUAGCUGCUGAUGGUGAGGCUGGUGUAAGGAAAGUACUUCAAAUGCUUCGUGAUGAGUUUGAGCUAACAAUGGCGUUAAGUGGAUGUCGUUCGCUGAAGGAGAUCACCCGCGACCACGUUGUGACUGAAUGGGAUCGUCCUCGGAUUGCUCCCAGAUUAUAAUUGCAUUGAACUGUCAAAAUUUUCCUGUCUUGAACCCUCAUGGUUCAGAAAUUAUAUAUUUGAGAACUCAACUUCUAUAUUGGGAAUCAAUGGUGUUCAAUAAA